UGGCCGGAGCCAAGAUCUGGAUGCCGGCAGGGGAGCUCCUCAGUGACGUAUAGAAGUCUUGGCGCUCAUCAACCUCGGCGGCAGAACUAGGACCGUUGUAGAUACGGAUAGGCAUGAAGCCACGUGCAUUCCCUAAUUGGCGCUGUAAGGACAGCGAGAAGCAUCUUUCCAAUUGCAUGGUGCUCUGUGACUUGAGGCAACCUGAACUCUAUUGUGAUUCUUAGAAGAUGGCUGGCGUGGCGCGCGUGUUGCGGCGGACGGCGCCUGUUCUGAGGAGGCAGUCAUGUGUCCGGCAGAGCGUUGGUGUGAGCAGUGCAUCGAGGACCCUGAGGGUCUCGACACAAUUCUGGUUAGAAGUCCCUGGCAGUCGGAGCUUCUCAUCGUCAAGGAAUUGGAGGUCAGCCUCGACGCCCGAAGUCAAUCGGGGGCGCUCGAAGCUCUGGGAAAGUGCCGACGACGCCGUGGCCGACAUCAAGAGCGGUUCUGUGCUUUUGAGUUCCGGAUUUGGUCUCUGUGGUGUCGCAUCUACACUGAUUGCAGCACUCCGCCGACGGGGCCCCGAGUCGCUCCACUCACUCACUGCUGUGUCCAACAAUGCGGGGGCUGAAGGACGCGGCGGGUUAGCUCUCCUGACGGAGAAUGGCCAGGUCGACCGCAUGAUCAUGUCAUACUUGGGCUCUAACAAAAUCUUGGAGCGGCAGUACCUGACUGGCAAGAUUGCCGUGGAGCUUUGUCCUCAGGGAACACUUGCGGAGAGGAUACGAGCUGCAGGGAGCGGCAUCCCCGCGUUUUUUACCCCUACUGGCGGGCAUACUCUUGUCCAAGACGGCGCAAUCCCUGCUCGGUUCGACGCGAAUGGGAACGUGGUAGAGUACGGAAAGCCUCGAGAAACGAGGAUAUUCAACGGUAAACCCUUCCUCAUGGAGACGGCGCUGCCUGGUGAUGUCGCCAUUCUCCGUGCCUGGAAGGUGGACAAGGCAGGAAACUGCGUGUUCCGAUAUACCGCCAAGUCAUUCGCGCCGCUGAUGGCGAAGGCAGCCAAGCUGUCCAUUGUCGAGGCCGAGAAUAUCGUUGAGGUGGGAGAAAUCGACCCCAACGAUGUCGAUCUGCCGGGAAUCUUCAUCGACCGGAUCGUGCCGGCGACAGAAGCACCGCUAGUUGAGAUUCUAAAGACGCGGUCGGCUGAGAAAGGUGACGGCUCAAAAUCUACUAAGGGGGAUGCGCAGUUACGAAGGGACCGAAUUGCGAAGCGUGCAGCCAAGGAGUUGAAAGACGGUUUUUAUGUUAAUCUGGGAGUUGGAAUUCCCACACUAGCCCCCUCGUUCCUGCCACCCGGGCAGCAUGUCUGGAUCCAAUCCGAAAACGGGAUUCUCGGGAUGGGCGACUACCCACUUCCUGACCAAGUCGACCCGGACAUCAUCAACGCUGGCAAAGAAACCACGACGCUCAUUCCUGGGGCAUCGACAUUUGACUCGUCCGAAUCCUUCGCCAUGAUCCGGGGUGGCCAUGUCGAUGUGUCCAUUCUAGGAGCGCUGCAAGUCAGCGCGGCAGGCGACCUGGCCAACUACAUGAUCCCCGGGAAAGUGUUCAAGGGCAUGGGCGGCGCGAUGGACCUUGUGUCGAAUCCGGAUAACACCAAGAUCGUCGUAGCGACGGAGCAUGUUGCCAAGGACGGGACAUCCAAGAUUGUGCAAAACUGCAGCCUGCCCCUGACAGGGGCAAGGGUAGUGAGCACCAUCAUCACCGACUUGUGCGUUUUCCAAGUCGAUCGCAAACGCGGGACCCUGACACUUACCGAGGUCGCGCCGGGAGUAGAUGUGGAGGAAGUAAGGAGCAAGACAGAUGCCACGUUUGCAGUGGCCGAGGACUUGAAGAUGAUGGAAUAAGCGGGAUUUACCAUAUAGACUUUGGCCUUCUGCUGCAUACCUACCUACUUCUAUUAGCAUCUAUGUACAUAAUAGUACGACAUUUACACCAACCCCUGACCUUACGUAUCGCCUCAUCUACAACUUCGCCUCCCUCUUCCCUUCCCAGCUGGCAAAACCCCCCCCAAUCGCCGCGGCAAUGUCGUCCACACUCCUCAGGAGCCACUCGCACCCCUCGUCCGUCGCCAACCUCUCCACCCCCUCCGCCUCACCCUUUUCCGAACCGAACUCG